GCAACAAGUGAUCACCAGCACUAGUGGAGCCGGGGCACGGUUGAUUGCUUAAACGACUCUCCAUCGCAGCCUCUUUUUGAAACCAAAGAGAAAAUGGUGGGAGGUCAAAAGAAAACUAAAUAAACGCACAUGCAACUUGUCCUAGGAUCUCAACUAAGCAAAUGAAGCCUUAUUGUGUGUGCUGAGCCUGCAGUUCCCAACCUCCUGGGGAAGAUGGGAGGACCGGGCGACAAAGGGUACAUUAGGCAUGCCAAGCAGAGCGGUUGUGCGAUCAGAUCGAUCUAAGAUGGCGACUGUGGAACCGGAAACCACCCCUACUCCUAAUCCCCCGCCUACAGAAGAGGAGAAAACAGAAUCUAAUCAGGAGGUUGCUAACCCAGAACACUAUAUAAAACAUCCUCUACAGAAUAGAUGGGCACUCUGGUUUUUUAAAAAUGAUAAAAGUAAAACUUGGCAAGCAAACCUUCGACUGAUCUCUAAGUUUGAUACUGUUGAAGACUUUUGGGCUCUAUACAACCAUAUCCAGUUGUCUAGUAAUUUAAUGCCUGGCUGUGACUACUCACUUUUUAAGGAUGGUAUUGAGCCUAUGUGGGAAGAUGAGAAAAACAAACGGGGUGGAAGAUGGCUCAUUACAUUGAACAAACAGCAGAGACGAAGUGACCUCGAUCGCUUUUGGCUAGAGACACUGCUGUGCCUUAUCGGAGAAUCUUUUGAUGACUACAGUGAUGAUGUAUGUGGAGCUGUUGUUAAUGUUAGAGCUAAAGGUGAUAAGAUAGCAAUAUGGACUACUGAAUGUGAAAACAGAGAGGCUGUUACACAUAUAGGGAGAGUAUACAAGGAAAGGUUAGGACUUCCUCCAAAGAUAGUGAUUGGUUAUCAGUCCCAUGCAGACACAGCUACUAAGAGCGGCUCCACCACUAAAAAUAGGUUUGUUGUUUAAGAAGACACCUUCUGAGUAUUCUCAUAGGAGACUGCGUCAAGCAAUCGAGAUUUGGGAGCUGAACCAAAGCCUCUUCAAAAGCAGAGUGGACUGCAUUUAAAUUUGAUUCCAUCUAAAUGUUACUCAGAUAUAAGAGAAGUCUCAUUCGCCUUUGUCUUGUACUUCUGUGUUUAUUAUUUUUUUUUUUUAAUUUUUAUUAUAGUGUCCACUAUCCCAAUCAAAGAAUUACAGUCCACAUCAUCCCCAGAAUCCAUAAAUGUGUUCCUGGCCCACUCUGUAUUAGCUUAGUAGAAUUACCAUUACAAACACGUUUUACCCAUCCACAAUAUUCAAAAGAACUUGCAUUUCUAUACCUUAAUAGGAAAAAAAUUGAGUUUAUGUUCCAUUGUAUGCAGGGGCAUAUUUUGCUGGUUUGAAAGAGUAUGAUGCAUACAGUUUUCUAGCAAUUUUCUUUGUUUCUUUUGACAGCAUUAUCUUUGCUGUACUCUUGCUGAUGGCUGCUAGAUUUUAAUUUAUUUGUUUCCCUACUUGAUAACAUUAGUGAUUCUGAUUUCAGUUUUCCAUUUGUUUUGCUUUUGUUUUUUCCUCAUGUAACAUUGGUGAAGGAUCCAGGAAUAUGACACAAAGGUGGAAUAAACAUUAAUUUUGUGCAUUCUUUGGUAAUUUUUUUGUUUUUUGUAACUACAAAACUUUGCUACAAAUUUAUGCAUUUCAUUCAAAUCAGUGAUUUAUGUUUGUGUGAUUUCCUAAACAUGAUUGUGGAUUAUAAAAAAAUGUAACAUCAUAAUUACAUUCCUAACUAGAAUUAGUAUGUCUGUUUUUGUAUCUUUAUGCUGUAUUUUAACACUUUGUAUUACUUAGGUUAUUUUGCUUUGGUUAAAAAUGGCUCAAGUAGAAAAGCGGUCCCAUUCAUAUUAAGACAGUGUACAAAACUGUAAAUAAAAUGUGUACAGUGAAUUGUCUUUUA